UCCUCCUCCUUUCUACCCAUCCUAUAAAUGAACUAACCAACCACAUCUCACUCUCGUUGCAUUCAUGCGAUAAGCAUCAAAAUCUCCCGCACAACAAUCCCACAUUCGGAGAAAGAUCAAGCAUGGACUUCAGAUUCCUCGGAUUCGACGCCCCACUUAUGCACACCCUCCACAACAUGAUCGACACCGAUGACUCCGAGGGCAACAAAUCCAUGAGCGCCCCCACCAGAACCUACGUCCGCGACGCCAGGGCCAUGGCCGCCACUCCCGCCGACGUCAAGGAGUACCCCAACUCCUACGUCUUUGUCAUCGACAUGCCGGGCCUCAAAUCAGGGGACAUCAAGGUGCAGGUUGAGGACAACGUGUUGCUCAUCAGCGGUGAGCGCAAGAGGGAGGAGGAGAAGGAGGGAGUCAAGUACGUGAGAAUGGAGCGCAGGAUUGGCAAGUUCAUGAGGAAAUUCUCGUUGCCGGAGAAUGCCAACACGGACAAGAUCACGGCGGUUUGUCAGGACGGAGUGCUCACUGUUACGGUGGAGAAACUGCCACCGCCGGAGCCCAAGAAGCCCAAGACUAUUCAAGUGAAGAUUGCUUGAGACAAAUGUGUCAACUUUCCAACUGCUACUGUUUUAUGGAGAUCCUGGUGGAGAGGGUAUUUAUGGUUUGACGCAGCGAAGAAUGUCGGGUACAAUUACUACUAUGCAUCCCGAAUCUAAACCAAUCUUAAAUAAAUGUGUUGUGUUUUCUUGUGAUUGGUGGAGAUAGGACAUAGUUGGAUUAGGAUUUUCCCUUGGUGUUUGCACAAGGUUUGUUUGCUUCCAGUUCUUGGAUGAUCUAUGUAGCAUGUAAGAGUUAUCACAGUAUUUGGUACGUAAUGAAUUAUGAACGUGUGCUUUCCUGUUGCU